AUGAGUCUUCCGAUCUCCCUGCGAUCGGCACUGAGACCCUGCCUGGCAGGGUCUCCUGCGGGUGCGGGGAAAGUACUCUUCACCCAAGCUGUUUCUCAAUACCGACCCUUGGCAACUUUGGGCGUGUCUCAGCCCAGACGCUCGCGGGCUUCACCCCAGUGGCCGUAUGUGGUUAAGCGAACCAACAAUUCGGCAUCGUCGAAUUUGUCGGCCGCGUCGGCAGCUCCGGCGAAAGAGACAGAGACAGUAGCGACAACACCCUACUCGGCGCUGACCGUGGGUGUGCCUCGAGAGACGGCCCCCAACGAGCGUCGCGUGGCUAUCACGCCGCAAAAUGUCGCCAUUCUACUGAAGAAGGGCUUCUCGCGCGUUCUGAUCGAGCGCGGUGCCGGCGAAAGGGCCCAGCUGCUGGAUCAUGUCUACGAAAAGGCCGGCGCAACCAUGGUCGACCGGGACACCCUCUACGCCCAAAGUGAUAUUGUCUUGAAAGUGCGAGGGCCUCAAAUGGAUGGCCCCUUCAAUGAGAUCGCCGCUCUUCGCAAAGGCACCACCGUGAUCUCGUUCUUGUACCCGGCUCAGAACAAGUCCGUCGUCGAGGCUCUCGCCGCGCGAGGCGUGACCGCAUUUGCCAUGGACCGAAUCCCGCGAAUCUCUCGUGCUCAGGUCUUUGACGCUCUCAGUUCCAUGGCCAAUAUUGCCGGUUACAAGGCAGUUCUGGAAGCUUCGAACCACUUUGGACGCUUCUUGACCGGUCAGGUCACAGCCGCCGGCAAGAUCCCCCCAGUGCAAUCACUUGGCGCAGAGUUUAUCGAGGUCGAUUUCCAAGAAGAUGGUGCUGGGCAAGGAGGCUAUGCCAAAGAGAUGUCCAAGGAAUUCAUCGAGGCCGAAAUGAAACUCUUCCUGGAACAAGCCCGGGAGGUCGACAUCAUCAUCACCACAGCGCUCAUUCCUGGUAGACCGGCUCCGAAACUCAUCACCAAGGAUAUGGUUGCCGCAAUGAAACCGGGUUCCGUGGUUGUGGACCUGGCCGCUGAGGCGGGAGGCAACUGCGAGGCCACGGUCCCCGGAGAGCUGGCCAGCUACAAAGAUGUGACCAUCAUCGGCUACACUGAUCUGCCGUCUCGUCUGCCUACACAAUCAUCCACUCUGUACUCGAACAACAUUGUCAAGCUGUUGUUGUCCAUGGCCCCCAAAGACAAAACCUUUGGCGUCGACUUCAACGACGAAGUGGUUCGCGGCGCUGUCGUCACACGAGAUCAUCAGAUCGUACCUCCCGCUGCACCAGCUGCACCUCCCCCUACACCCAAGCCCGAUACGCAGGCUGCUGCGGGGACCGCGGCGAAGAAGGGCGACGAGGUGCUUGCGCUAACGCCUUGGCAACAGGCAACGCGGGAUGUUUCCUUGCUGACAGGCGCCAUGGGAACGACGCUCGCUCUAGGCAAGGCCACUGGUCCUAUUUUCAUGAGCAACAUGAUGACCUUUGGCCUGGCUGGGUUGGUCGGAUACCGGGCUGUGUGGGGUGUGGCCCCAGCUCUUCACUCGCCUCUUAUGAGUGUGACAAACGCAAUCUCUGGCAUGGUCGGUAUUGGUGGUUUAUUCAUCAUGGGAGGAGGAUACACCCCGACAACGCUGCCUGAGUACCUUGGCGCAGCCUCUGUCCUGCUAGCAUUUGUCAAUGUAUCUGGAGGAUUUGUAGUCACCAAGCGCAUGUUGGACAUGUUCAAAAGACCGACGGACCCUCCCGAGUACCCCUGGCUGUACGCAGUCCCGGGCCUCGUCUUUGGCGGCGGCUUCCUCGCGGCCGCCAGCACGGGAAUGUCCGGUCUCGUUCAGGCUGGAUAUCUCGUCAGUACGAUCCUGUGCAUGAGCUCAAUCUCAAGUCUCGCGUCACAAACGACGGCUCGUCGUGGAAACAUCUUUGGUAUCCUUGGAGUGGUCUCUGGAAUCUUGGCUUCCCUCGCUGCAGUCGGGUUUGACACUGAGACUCUUACUCAGUUCGUUGUCGUGGCGGGUUCUGGCGCACUUGCAGGAGGUCUGAUCGGUCGUCGUAUCACUCCGACUGGUCUACCGCAGACUGUUGCCGCUUUGCACUCGGUAGUCGGUCUUGCGGCUGUCCUGACUAGUAUCGGUAGUGUCAUGGUUGACAUCGCCGACAUCUCCACUCUUCACCUGGUCACUGCGUAUCUCGGAGUGCUGAUCGGUGGUGUGACCUUUACCGGCUCUUUGGUUGCGUUUAUGAAACUCGCUGGCCGCAUGUCCUCGAGUCCCAAGAUUCUUCCAGGUCGUCACAUCAUCAAUUCGACUCUGCUUGGCAGUAAUAUUGCCACCAUGGGUGCCUUUGUCACUAUGGCACCGGCUAACCCUGGAAUCGCGGCUGCCUGUCUUGGUGCCAACACCGUCCUGAGUUUCUUGAAGGGAUACACCACCACAUCCGCCAUUGGCGGCGCAGAUAUGCCCGUGGUCAUCACCGUACUGAAUGCCUAUUCUGGCUUCGCCCUCGUUGCAGAAGGACUGAUGCUAAACAACCCACUUCUGACCAGCGUUGGCUCUCUGAUUGGAGUGAGCGGUUCGAUCUUGUCGUAUAUCAUGUGCGUCGCCAUGAAUCGAUCUCUCACGAAUGUUCUCUUUGGCGGGCUUUCUGCUCCCGCUCAGACGCAGAAGAAGAUCGAAGGGGAAGUCAUCCCAACCAGCGUCGAAGACACGGCCGAAGCUCUGUCCAAUGCCGAGAGUGUCAUUAUCAUCGUAGGUUAUGGUAUGGCUGUUGCCAAGGCACAGUAUGCUCUCGCGGAGAUUGUAGCCAUGCUCCGUGCGCGAGGGGUCAAGGUUCGCUUUGCUAUUCACCCGGUUGCCGGCCGAAUGCCCGGUCAAUGCAAUGUGUUGCUUGCAGAGGCAUCAGUGCCAUAUGACAUCGUAUUGGAAAUGGAUGAAAUCAACGACGACUUUGCCGAUACCGAUGUGACCUUGGUGAUCGGUGCCAACGACACGGUCAACCCUAUCGCCAUGGAGCCCGACUCUCCAAUCUCGGGAAUGCCCGUCUUGCACGCAUGGAAGAGCAAGGAGGUGAUUGUCAUGAAACGGGGCAUGUCAAGUGGAUACGCCGACGUACCCAACCCCAUGUUCUUUAUGCCUGGAACGCGGAUGCUCUUUGGUGACGCCAAGAACAGUUGUGACGCCAUCAAGACGGCCCUUGAGGCGCGAAAGUAG